GUGAUACCUCGCUGAGUGAGAGAGUAUAUAAACGCCCUUGAGUUAUUACUCGAAAGAAGUCCUACAUCUCUCGUCUUCUCGUCACAAGAUCCCGGAAAAUGUUGUUGUUAACAGUGGCAGUGGCUGCAGUGGCUCUCUCAGUGCCAGGAGGUCACUGCUCCCCCCCCAAGGAAAUCAGCAUCGGUCACUGUCCCGACUAUUCUCCAAAGCAAGAUUUUGUUCUCUCGUCGUACCUCGGCCUGUGGUAUGAACAGCAGAGGUUCGACAACGGCUUUGAGAUGGGACUCGACUGUGCCAAGGCGGAGUACACUGACUUAGGCGACGGUACCUUCGAGCUCCACAACUCCGGCAGGAAGGAAGGCGACAUCUUUGCCGAAUCCUUUGCCAUCGGGUACGAAUUCGCGCCCGGCCACAUCAUCGCUGACUUCGAGGGGCAUGACCCUGUUAAUUACUACGUACUGGACACUGAUUACGAAACAUUUGCUGCCGUGUAUAACUGUGUUCAGUUGGGUGAAGUCAUGUACGAAUACGCGUGGAUGUUCACCAGAGAGACCAGCGUGUCUGGAGAUCUCAUUGCCAAGAUCCGCCAGGUGUUUGUGGAUAAUGGCGUGGAUGUCAACCUCUUCCAGGUGACUAAUCAAGGGCCCGAUUGCGUCUACCUUCCUUAAUUAAGGAAACGAGGGACGAAGAUUAGAUAUGAAUAAAUAAGUGAAUGAAUAAAGAUAUAUUGUAUUAUUUUA